AUGAGUGUGCACGAGAAAAAAGACGACACCAAAGAACGCAUUCAGGUCGAGGCCGGCGAGAUGCUGGACAUCCAGAGCUCCUCGACCCACAACACUGGCAAGGGCCAGCUCGAUAUCGCUGCGGAGCACGCGGUGGGCGCGGACCUGUUCCAGGAGCUGCUGCUCGAGGACCGCGAGACAGACGACAGGGAGUACGCGCCUAUCCGGCGCAAGAUCGACAGGUGGCUGCUGCCCGUCCUGUGUGUGACCUACAUGCUACAGUUUUUGGACAAGCUUUCGCUUAACUACGCGUCCGCGUACUCGAUGAACGCAGACUUGCAUUUGAAAGGCAACGAAUAUUCGAACAUCGCAGCCAUCUUCAAUGUGGGCUACCUCGUGGGCUCGAUCCCGGCCAACUGGGUGAUCCAGAAACUUCCCGUGGCCAAGUACACCGGGUGCGCGCUGAUCGUGUGGGCGAUUUUGCUGAUCGCACACAUCGGCGCGAAGAGCUAUUCGGGAAUGAUGGCACUGCGUUUUAUUUUGGGACUCAUGGAGGCUUCCAUCUCUCCCUCCAACAUGAUGAUGUGCAGCAUGUUCUACAACAAGCAGGAGCAACCCUUCAGAAUGUGCACGUUUUUGAGUAUGAACGGUGUGGCCACCAUGGUCGGGGCCUUGCUGGCAUACGGCCUGGGCCACUCUACCAGCACCACUCUGAAGCCAUGGAAGCUGAUUUUCUUGGUCAUCGGACUAAUCAACUUUGUUUGGGGCUUUGUGUUCUUGUACAUGGCGCCAGACUCUCCUGCCAACGCACGGUUCCUGACCCACGAGGAGAAGCUGAAGGUCGUGGAGCGUGUGUCGAAGAAUCAGAUGGGUAUUAAGGACACCAAACUCAAGCCACAGCAAGCGCUCGAGGCCCUGCGCGACCCCAACACCAUUAUCCUGGCGCUCAUUGGUCUUGGCUGCGGUGUCGUUAACGGCGGUACCUCCAACUUUAUCUCCUCGCUAAUCAAAGGUUUUGGAUUCUCAGGUCUGAACGCAACUCUUCUGCAGCUACCUACCGGUGCCAUUGAGCUUGUGUGCGUGUUUGCCGCAGGCGUGCUGGCGCUUUUCACCAAGAAGAACAUUCGUGUGAUCCUGCUGUUCGUGCUAUGUAUUCCUACUCUCGCGGGUCUCAUCGGGAUCCACCUGAUUCCUCUAAGUCACAAGUGGGCGCUGGUCGGCUGCUGCUGGCUGCUGUACAUCAUCGGCGGGCCCGUGAUCAUGUGUUGGGUCCUGCUGAACGUCACUGUCGCGGGUUCCUCCAAGAUCUCCACCUCCAAGAUCAUGUGGUUCCUGAUGUACACCGCGGGCAACAUUAUCGGUGCCAAGAUCUUCUACGCCAAGGAGGCGCCAAAGUACAUCACAGGUAUGAAGGGUCUGAUUGCGUCCUACGGGGGCAUGAUGUUCCUGUGCAUAGUCUACUACGCGCUGAUGUGGAGGAGAAACCGCACCAGAAACCAGAAGUACGGCGAGUUGACGCCCGAGGGCGAGAAGGUAGGUAUCAUCAACGGUUUCAAGGACCACACGGACUUUGAGAACAAGUUCUUCAGAUACCACUUCUGA